AUGCAGUUCUUCCGCCAGCUGCUUGCGAUUGGCCUGGUAGUCACUGCCGCCCAGGCAUAUGCUACCAGCAGGUCGUCGAUGCUGCGUACAGUCGUCACGACUGACAUGGAGCAGGACGACCUAGCUUCACUAAUCCGGUACCUACUCUACACCAAUGAACUUGAUACCCAGGGCAUCAUCUACUCCUCUAGCCGCUUUCACUGGUCCGGCGACGGCAAUGGCACGAAGUUCUUCCUCCCUGACCGCGAAUACACCACCCCUCAGUGGACAUGGCGCUGGACCGGCACGCGGACUAUCCAAGUUAAUGUCCUCCAAGCAUACGCAGAAGUUUUCCCAAAUCUGCUUUCCCACGAUCCAUUCUACCCGACACCGGACGAGCUGUUGUCCAAGGUCAAGAUCGGCAAUAUCGACUUCGAGGGCGAAAUGGACCAUGACACUGAUGGGUCUAAUCUUAUCCGCUCGCUGUUGCUGGACCAAGACCCGCGGCCGCUCUACUUGCAGGCAUGGGGUGGCACCAACACCAUUGCCCGUGCUUUGAAGUCAAUCGAGGAGCAAUACUCAGGCUCGCAGCAGUGGACGCAGACCAAGGACACAGUAUCCAGCAAAGCAGUUAUCCUCGCUAGCGGUUUUCAAGACGAGGCAUAUGCGAACUACAUAUCUGUCAACUGGCCGCAGAUCCGCGUCGAGAAUUUGCAAACCGGAUACAGCACCUGGGGCUACAACUGUGACAAGGGCCAGGGCAACACCCGUGGCUUGCCUGACGAUGGCGUAUACUUCACCGGUGACUGGAUCAAGGCCAACAUUCAAACAGGACCAUAUGGGAAGCUCUACCGUUCCUGGCUCGACGGCCAGUCUAUGCCAGGUGACGCACAGGACAUUUUCGGCAAUCGAAGUACGGCAUUGUCAAGCUUUUGUAAGCCACUGGACCCGUACGACUUUCUGUCCGAGGGCGACAAUGUGGUUUUCAACCCCCUAAUAACCACCGGCAUUCAGGACCCGGCCAACCCCAAUCUCGGUGGUUGGGGCGGUCGAUCUACGCAGAACACUACUUCACCGAAUCUGUGGGAGAUGGUGACAAGCGAGAAGAACGGGACUGGCGUCGAAGUAGACAACUACACCACGGACCGUUGGGCCGCGGCCGUCCAGAACGACUUCGCGGCUCGCAUGCAAUGGACACUGACACCGAGCUAUGAAGAUGCCAACCACCCGCCCUCGGUUGAGAUCCUGAACAGAACCACAGUGGAAGCGCAUCCUGGGGCGACUGUGACCCUGGCUGGUGCAGUUAGCGAUCCAGACAACAACACCGUCACCACGUCCUGGUGGCAGUUCUUCGAAGAAGGCACAUACCCGGGCAGCGUGACUGUGACUGAGUCCGACGGCCACCGAGCAGACGUGACGAUCCCGUCUGAUGCGAAAACUAACCAAACUAUUUCGAUCAUUCUGCAAGGGACUGACGAUGGGCAAUUCCCGUUGACCCGCUAUGGCCGCGUUUUUAUCCAAGUCAUAUAA